AUGGCGGCUUCUCCUCUACGCCCCGUUCCGGGGAAGCUCGACCCCUCUCAGUCCUUCCGGUGCUUGGACGGGAUCAGGAGCCUCGCCGAGAAGGGCCACUUCAAGGUAUUCUUCGAGCCUUCGUCUUCUUCCGUCUUCCAUACCUUAAUCUGCCUUUUGACGGAGGCACUAUCAUUCUGGAGCUUUGCUGGUGUGAUGGCAUCCCCGAAGAACGCAAAUCGGACAAUGUUUUCCGAGAUUAAUGGGGUUAGAACCGGAAAUCUUUCAGAAACGAAUGAAUCUCUGGAACGAAAAUACUCGCCCGAUUUCGUAUCAUCCGCUGAAACCUAGUCGUAUUUUUCUUGCCUGUGAUGCUCUUCUGUUCUCAGGCGUGGUUUUUAGAUCAGUUCGGAGUUCUCCACGACGGAAAGCGUCCCUACCCCGGUGCCGUCUCGACCUGUACGUCAUCGAACCACGAAACCCGCCCCUGUUCCUGGUCGUCUGGUUCUCCUUUCAGGUGGGAUGAUGCGAUCAUCUUCUGGCUUUGAGCAGUAGAGAAGCUCGCGGGCAAUGGGGCGAGAAUGGUGAUCAUCAGCAACUCCUCCCGACGAGCUUCCACAACCAUGGAGAAGGUGAACAGCCUAGGGUUCGACGCUUCCCUCUUCGUCGGGGCCAUCACUAGCGGUGAACUGACACACCAGUUUCUGCGAAGGUGAGAAGUCGAUUCCUUCAUUCACAUCCAUCCAGCAGGCUUGGUGGUCGUCCACCACAGACGAUUAGAAGGAUAUGAUCCCCAUGGCUUGAUCAGACUCUACUGAGAAUGUCUAGGGUUCCCUCUGCUCAUUUGAGUGCAUGUUUCACGAAGGGUGUGAUAAUGGGUUAGAUAGCCUUUGACUAAAGAUGGCGAAUUUGGACUGUGGAACCAUACUCUACCCCUAUCUCAGAGUCUCAAUUAUUAUGAAAACUAGGGUAGAUUCGACUGAUUAAGGGUGGGAUAUCUUGCUUGGGUUCAUCGUUUUCUCUGCUUAUUAUGCCAUUAUCAGUUCCUGAUAUUUUUUUCUCUGCCUUGCAAAUGAGCAGGAGGGAUGAUCCAUGGUUUUCAUCUCUUGGAAGAUCCUGUAUCCACAUGACAUGGGGCGAUCGAGGUGCAAUCUCUCUUGAGGUAUGUCCUGCCUAUAAUUACUCUUUGACCCACAAAUGGAAUGGUUUUUUCCUGGAUUAUUCAAAAAGAUCAUAGACAAUUUCGACUUAUCUAUAUUCUAUAGACUAUACAUAAUAGAUUUAACUAGAUCAAACAUUAUACAUGAUAUUCUUGUAGUAUUUCUGGGAUUAGUUCAUAUAUUAGGGGGCCUAGGAGUAGUCUUAUUUACCAAUCCAAUUUAUUCUGCUUUUUCAUUGGGAUUGGUUCUCGUUUGAUCAGCGUUCUUUUAUCUUGAUAAAUUAGUUUGUUUAUUAUCUCAUCCGUAAUCAGAUUAUGAUUCUCCCUGAUGGGUUCAAGCUCAUCAUCCUUUUUAUCAACACUCUGCUGCAUGAUCUUCUCCUGCAGGGUUUGGGUUUGGAAGUGGUGAAUAACUCAGACGAUGCAGACUUCAUUCUGGCCCAUGGAACGGAAGCAAUCGGCCUUCCCUCCGGUGAUGCGCUUCCCAUGGAUCUUCCGGAUCUUGAGCGAAUUCUUGAAGACUCUGCCAAAAAGGGGAUUCCCAUGGUCGUAGCCAAUCCGGAUUAUGUGACGGUGGAAGCCAGAGCUCUGCGUGUCAUGCCUGGUGCGCAACCAUAGCAUCGGAUUAUUCUUCUAUUUACUAUCCGACUUGUGUGGAGAUUAUCUUUUCCCAAUGGGGAAAGUCAACGUUUCCAUUGUUGGGAGUGAAUUCUGUCUUCGGAUCUUGCUCUGACCAAGAUCGGAGUUGACUUGGAAAACUGUCUGGUUCGGGCACCUCUGUUCCUACUAUCUUUGAGUUUAAUUUCGCAGAAAUUAUGUGUUUCCAAGAGCCCAUGAACUCCUUAAUCAGGAUGAUUCAAUCCUGGCUCCUGGCAUUAAGCUCUGCUCCUCACUGACAAAUUAUAUGCUCUGGCAGGUACAUUGGGGGCCAAAUACGAGAAGCUCGGCGGGGAAGUGAGGUGGAUGGGAAAGCCAGACAAGCUCAUCUACGAAACAGCAAUGGCCAUGGCCGGCGUCGGCGCCGCCGGCGACUGCAUCGCCGUCGGCGACUCUCUCCACCACGACAUAAAGGGCGCCAACGCCGCGGGGAUGGAGUCGGUCUUCGUAACGGGUGGGAUUCAUGCGGACGAGCUCGGCCUGAAGGACUUCGGUGAAGCCGCUGACCCCACGGAAGUCGACGCCUUGGCGUGCAGAUUCAACGCUCGCCCGUCCUUCGUCUUGCCUUCGUUUACGUGGUAG